GAGUAGGCCAGCCGCCGCGUGCACGGCGCUCGUCAGUCGCCGCCGGUUCCGGGCAGGAGCACUUUCGCUGUUCCGCUGCGGGACAUGUCCACCGGCCCGUGAGGUUGUGCGCGACAGUUCCCCCCUGGCGACCUUGGCUGCGCCAUGCUCAAGGGAUGGUUCGACGCCUUCCGCACCGAGGGUGGACCGACGCUCUACGCGUAUGCCAACAGGACCGCGGUGACAGAGGACAUGCGGAAUAUUCUCAUAUACGUCUGCUUCUCGACGCUCUUCAUCGCCUUCAUCAUCGUCUUCCCGGGGAUACGCAAAGAGAAAUUAUCAACCUUCAUCAGCGUCACAAUAAGCCUGCUUGUCGGGGCUGUCGUACUAACCUGCAUCUACGGCAGCGAUUGGCACGUGGCCAGCGCCGUGGUGUCUAGUCCGUACCGUGCUUUCUCGGCUGACCGCAUUUCCGCCCGGGUCGGCGUCCACAUAGGACUCAACAGUGUCAACAUCACUCUUCGCGCUAUGCCAAGGUACAGCAAGAAAGAAGAGAUCAACUUCAAUGAGAGGUUCACGUGGCUUGGACCGACGCAGGUCAAGCAGGACUACCGAGAGGCGCUCGUCAAAGGCCUUCCGUUCCCCAUCUUGACUAUUGGCGAGUACUUGAGCCAGGACCUGGAAGGGUUCUGCUGGGGCCGUCGCUACCGCCUCGCCGGUCACUACGCUUUCAUCCUGCUCUGGACUUCCCUGGCGCUGUGGCUACUCAUGAACGUGCUGCUGUGCGCCGUGCCCAGGUAUGGCGCUUACGCCAUGCAGCUCACCGGCGCCGUGAUGCUGCUCAGCGGCGCCCUCUACGCGUCGCUGCUGCCGGCACGGCCACUGGUCAUCCCCUUCGAGGGCGGCCUGCUCCGCUUCACCUUCGGCUGGUGCUUUUGGGCGGUGCUCGGAGCAGGGUCAGUCGCAGCAUUCUGUGGGCUCUCGAUUGUGGUGCUUGACAUUUUCUUCCCGAACAAGUUCUCUACAAUUCUCGAAGUUGACUACGACACGCCUUACCGAUACUUCGUGGGCCAGGACUGCGUUACAGACCGCAAAACCAGCACAGUCACUUCCCCAGACGGCGACAAGGUUAACGUCGAGGGCGGUGAACCCGUGGCUGAGGCAGCGUCCUAUCGUUCAACGGGAAUUGUGAAUGCAGCUUACGAAGACAGCGACGACGGAAGCAUCGUUGUCCACGGAAAGCGCGCCGUGUCCCUGCACAACUUUGGGAAGUAUGCGGCCAAGGAGGAGCGACGACGCAGCUUCGCGCCCACCAAACGAUCCAGCUUCACAGUGACGACAUCGAAAGACGUGAACAUCGACCUCCAGUCGGCAGCCAUGUGGUGACCAGACGACCUGGCAGGCUCCCGUGCCUGUCACCGACGCUCGAGCAACAUCGACACUUCUCAUGCUCAAUGCCGCUGUGCGGGACGGCGCUCUUUGAAG